AAUAAUAAAUAACUAUCCCAACACGUAGUAAAAUAAUCAAACAUUUUUUAUUCGUCGAAUAUCAGUGAGCCGAACUAGGAUUGGUCAUAAAUGAACCAAUCGCUAUUGAAUUAGGCCGAUAAAUGCAUGAUCUAUUUAUGUAUAAUUACGUAAUACACGCAUGAUAUGACUGUGACUGACAGUUCAUAUAAAUUUAACCUUCUAGGAUACAUUGUAGGUUACCAUAUUUUGCAUUUCUAGAUAAAAUAGCCAGCCUAAAAUGAGCGUACUCAUACCAGUUUUAAGCAGAACUCCCAAUCUUCUCCCGGAACUUGUAAAAGCCUUGCCCAGUGUAAAGUUUCAUAAAGUAACAGAUCCAGAAGUCGAUAUACAUUUCAAAAAAUCGGAAAUAUUAAUCUGUGAUUUUGAUUUACUGGGACCAUAUCUGUACGAUUUACCUAGCGUAAAAUGGGUCCAAGGUACAUGGGCUGGAAUCGAUAAGCUUACACCAUUAAUCCAAAAAGAGAAACAACUGCCGUAUCAAAUCACAAGAUUUACAGGGGAACAUUUCGGUCGAAUAAUGAGUGAAUACGUCGUAGCCAAUAUAGUUAACCAUGAACGUAAUUUCUUUCAAGUCAGAAGUAACCAAGAUAAACAGGAAUGGAAUCGACAUGGAAAAAUCACAGGUUACCGUGUUAUUUCUGACUUAACAACAGGCAUUUUAGGUUUGGGUAAUAUUGGAAGUCGAAUCGGUAAGACUUUGUAUGCAUUGGGUGCCACCGUCCUAGCGUUUGGUCGGAGACCAGCUCUGCCAGAUGGUAAUGAAUAUAGUCAUGUAUCGAAAUAUUAUACAAAAGAGACGUUGCCAUUAUUUCUCAAAGAAUGUGACUAUAUUAUUAACGUGUUACCAAAAACUGACGAAACUGAUGGUAUACUGGACAAUGACGUUUUAGAAAAUAGCGCAGAAAAGAAAAGUGUUCUUAUAAAUAUUGGUAGAAGCAACGUAAUUUCUGAAGAGUCUAUAAUUAGAGCUCUAGAUAACAACUGGAUAUCGGCUGCAAUAAUAGAUGUAUAUGAUGUAGAACCUUUACCUCAGAAUAAUCCUCUGUGGCAAAUGAAACAGGUAUUUCUUACACCACACGUGGCAGGGAUGAGUAGAGCCAAAGACAUAGCAGAUCAGUUCCAAAAAAAUUUAGAUCUUUACAACAAGAAAGUGCCACUUCCAGGCCUGAUUGAUUUCAAUAGGGGUUAUUAAGGAUUGAAAUGCAUUGAAACAAAUUUAUUCCAUAUAAAUAAAAAACGAUAGUAUGUACAAAAUAAAAAUAAAUACAGUAUAAAUGAA